AUGAACAUCAUUCUUCUCCUGAUGACCUGCACUGUGUUUACCCUGAUGUAUAUCUUCUGGAAAAAGUGGUUCCAGAGAAAAACUGGUGAAAUACCAACUGAUUUAGAAUUACCAGAACCAGUUUUUUCAUCACCUGGAAGUAGUACUGAUAAUCUGUCAGUCAACAACCUCUCUCGAGAUAUCUUCAAGAGUUUCCCACAUUCAGUAGCUAUACAGAAGCGGAUACUGACCAACCUCAGGAUGGUGGAAUACAAACUGAAUGAAUUGGAACAUUUCCUAAGUGUCAAGGGUACAAAUGGUACACUGACUAAUCGUAAAACUUCAAAAACUUCCAACUGUAAGGAGAACAAAAACGAUCAUUAA